GGGCUACGCAGUUACCCUGGAGACGCACUCCUUCCGCCCCCGGCCGCGGGAUGCCCUAGAUGUCCUUAUUAGGGAAUGAGACUCCAGAGGGCGUGCCCAGCCCGAGCGCCAGCUUCAGGCUCCUUAUAAGGCUGCCUGAGGAAGGAGGAGGGCGCGGAAAGCUAGCCUGAGAAGAGGGUCGGCCAGUGAGGCGGCCGACGACUUCCGGCAUGACAGCUGGAGAUCUUGAACUGUUCCAAUCCCUGAAGAGACCCCUGUGUUUUAUUGAUCCUUGUGUCCCUCAACCUGAGAUAGCUGUCCCCGCCCCCCUCCCCGCAAAGUGCCCACCUUCAGACUCCGAGAGCCUCCUCCACUUUCAGUGAACCACAAGAGCCAAGUGUCUACUAGCCUCUUCAAGAUCCAACCAUGUGCCCACAUUCGACCUCUCCACCUGCCAGGAUGCACCUCAUACCACACCCACCUCCCCGUUCCCUUAGCCUGAGCUUCUGUGUUCGUCCCCGACAUUGCACCCUCACAUUUCGAGAUCUUUCUGCUACACCUGCCUUACCUUUAUUUCAUCCCUUGUACCCCUUCAUAGAUGUCCCUCCCACAGAUAUUCUUGCACUUGUGUCCCACCCUCUCCCCCACUUUUCUCAAGCCCUCUUUUCCCAGCCUCUUCUACAAUUCCCUGGAAAUAGCCUUAUGAGACCUUGAAGCAAGCCAAGUUCAGGCACCUAAGCGUCUCCCCAGCCAGCCCUCCCAGUCACAGGGGGCGCUGUCCGUCUUUUUAAUUGUCAGCACAAAAUGAUCCUGCUCUCGAAUUUUGGGGUCAGAGGAAGGGGCGGGUCAAAGCUCUGUAGCCUGGCUGGGGCUUGUCCAAAGGGCUGACGCUGGCGGGGCAUGGGGGCGGUUCUAAGGAAAGGUGGUACAGACCUAAUCUCCCUCCAGCCUCUUGCUGUAUAGUACAAAGCGGGGGGCAUUCCUUCAGCUAGGUUGGAGAGGUCCCACCCUCAAUCAGGUGUUCCUAUACCAACUGCAGAACUGUCGGGGCUCUAGUCUCAGGGGUUUUUUUUUAGGCUCUAAAAGAGCCAGUCUAGAUAUUAUGGCAGCACCGGUCCGCUUGGGCCGGAAGCGCCCACUGCCUGUUUGCCCCAACCCACUCUUCGUUCGUUGGCUGACCGAGUGGCGGGACGAGGCAGCCAGCAGAGGGCGCCACACGCGCUUUGUGUUUCAAAAGGCACUGCGCUCCCUCCGACGGUACCCCUUACCUCUGCGCAGCGGGAAGGAAGCCAAGAUCCUUCAGCACUUCGGAGACAGGCUCUGCCGGAUGCUGGACGAGCGGCUGAAGCAGCACCUAGCUUCAGGCGGUGACCAUGCCCCCAGCGUACCAUCUGGAGAGAAGAAUCAAGCCAGUGAAAAGCCACCUGCUCAAGUCCAGGACUCCUUAAUGCCAGUUCCCACCCAGCCUCAGGCAGGAAGCACUGGUGGCUAUUGGCCAUCACAGAACUCAGGUGCCCGUGUGGUCCUGCUGCAGCUCUACAGGGAACACCUGAAUCCUGAUGGCCACAGCUUCCUUACCAAGGAGGAGCUGCUGCAGAAAUGUGCCCAGAAGGCCCCCAGGGUAGUUCCUGGAAGUUCAAGACCCUGGCCUGCCCUCCGAGGCCUCCUCCACAGGAACCUGGUCCUCAGAACACAUCGGCCAUCCAGGUACGCACUGACACCAGAGGGCCUGGAGCUGGCCCAAAAGCUGGCCCAGGCAGAAGGCCUGAGCACUCUGAACAUUGGCAUCAGGCCAGAGGAGCCCCAUGGAGAGGAGUCAGCAGCCCCAGAAGCCACCACAUCAGAACCUGGCACCAGUGAAGGUGGCAUCCAGCGGCCACCACUGGAGCUGAGGCCUGGUGAGUACCGAGUGCUGUUAUGUGUGGACACUGGAGAAACCAGAGGGGCAGGACACAGGCCAGAAAUGCUCCGAGAGUUACAGCGGCUGCAUGUACCCCACACAGUACGGAAGCUGCACGUUGGGGACUUUGUGUGGGUAGCACAGGAGACCAAGCCCAGAGACCCAGCAAGACCUGGGGAGUUAGUCUUGGACCACAUUGUGGAACGCAAGCGGCUGGAUGACCUGUGCAGCAGCAUCAUUGACGGCCGUUUUCGAGAGCAGAAGUUCCGCCUGAAGCGCUGUGGCCUGGGACACCGGGUGUACUUGGUGGAGGAACAUGGGUCUGUCCACAACCUCAGCCUUCCUGAGAGUACCUUGCUGCAGGCUGUCACUAACACCCAGGUCAUUGACGGCUUCUUUGUGAAGCGUACCAUGGACAUUAAGGAGUCAGCUGGCUACCUGGCCCUUUUGACAAAGGGCCUAGAAAGACUUUAUCAGGGCCACACACUACGCAGCCGCCCCUGGGAAACCCCAGGGGAUGCUGAAUCGGGAACAAGACCUUCCACAAAUCCUCUCUGCUCACUCCUCACCUUCAGUGACUUCAAUGCAGAAGCCGUCAAGAACAAGGCCCAGUCUGUGCGAGAAGUAUUUGCCCGGCAGCUGAUGCAGGUGCGUGGACUGAGUGGGGAGAAGGCAGCGGCCCUGGUGGACCGAUACAGCACACCUGCCAGUCUCCUGGCUGCCUAUGAUGCCUGUGCCACCCCUAAGGAGCAGGAGAUGCUGUUGAGCACUGUCAAGUGUGGGCGUCUGCAGAGAAAUCUGGGGCCUGCUCUGAGCAGGACCCUGUACCAGCUAUACUGCAGCCACAGCCCUCUGACCUGAGCUACACCUGAAGACACACCCCGGCACCCAUAUCUAUCUCUAUGAAGGCUAGUCAGCCUUUUACCUGGGAUCCUUUGGGCUAUAAUAAAAAUCUAAAUGUUGGUGGUCUUAGGAGUUAAGGAAUAUGCAGGAACUGGGGACUAUACCUUGCAAGCCUGUGGCUUUUGUUUUGUAGUAUUGGUGGUGGAACCCAUAGCCUCAUGCAUGCUAGGCAAUUCUUCUUCCACACAGCAAUGAUAUGCAACCUUGCAGUGUUUCCCUACCCCAGGCUGGCCUGGAAUUCCCAGUCUUCCUAGGCCCACCUUCCAAGUCCUGAAGUUAAAGGUGUGGACCACUGUA